AUGGAGGCACCGGGCUGCCCGGCCUUUCCCCCGCCUCGCCGGGCCGGACCCCCCCCGGGACUCCCCCGGGCUUCCAUCGCCUUCACGGUCGGUCCACCGGGACCCCCCCGGCAUCCACCGCCUCUCAGCCCCCGCCCGGCCCGCUGUCCGCCGGACAAGGCAGAGCCCCGGUACCUGGGGGUCGCCAGCCCGGGCCCCCUCGCCGUGGCCGUCAAUGGGAAGCCCUUCUACCCGGCCGGGGCUGCAGGCAGCGAGAAGGGAUGCAAAGGUGGGUACCAGGCGAUGCCCGCAGCCUGCCGGGCCCCCGUGAAAGCCCCAGGGGAGCUGGGGUGCCCGCUGGCAGCACCCCUGGGCAGCCUACGGGAACACGGGGUCCCCGAGCUCCCCGAGCCCCUGGGCAAGAGCAAGAGCAAGAAGCGGAGGAACAGGACGACCUUCAGCACGUUCCAGCUGGAGGAGCUGGAGAAGGUCUUCCAGAAGACGCAUUAUCCCGACGUCUACGCCCGCGAGCAGCUGGCACUACGGACGGACCUGACCGAAGCCAGGGUGCAGGUCUGGUUCCAGAACCGACGGGCCAAGUGGCGGAAACGGGAACGUUACGGGAGAAUCCAGGAGCUGCAGAACAACCUGUGGCCGAGCUCCGGCCCCGGGAGCCCCGCGGGGCUCCUGCCCCCCGAGAGCAUCCCAUCCCCCUGCAUGUCUCCGUACCCCCACGCUCACAGUAACAUCGCCGGCUUCAUGGGCAUCCCCGCUUCUCCCGGCCCCCACUCCGGCAUCAACAGCCUCUACUCCCUGCACGCUCCCCCCCCGGCCCUGGGCACCCAUCCCUUCGAGCCAGCACCCGAACAUGACUACAAGUCGCCCACCUUGGUGCCCCUGAGGAUGAAGAGCAAAGAGGCGACCAGCAGCCUGCUGAACUGGGCUACGUGA